AUGCGCCCGUGCAUCUUGGACGCUUUCCUGGUGAACCUGUCCCUGGGCCACCAGCUGCUGGCAGCGUCUGACAGGCCCUUCAUGUUGCUGAGCACUCUGAGAUGGCGGCUGUCUUCUGGGCCCAGCGGAACUAGGCAGGGCUUCCUGGACACCUUCCUGGAGUCCAACUCCGCACCAAGCAUAGAGGGGAACCUCAUGUCCUGCUUGCUUCUCCCACCGAUGGCCUGCCAGCUCCACGCUGCUGGCUUUGUGCUGCUGCUCCUGGUGCUCGGCCUCCCCAGGCUCAGGAUGCUGCCGGUGGCACAGGACCACUGCCAGCGCCUCGACAUCGUCCCCAUGCAGACUCCUGGAGACAGGCUAGUGGAGCGUGUGCCCUUUGUCACCAUUAGCCCUCCCUGGGGGUUUCUGAGCGAGUACCCGAGCUCCAGCAGGGCCAUGGCCAACCUCUGCAUGGACCCCCAGCUCUACCAGCAGUUCCUGUGGGUCUUGGCCGGCAUCCCAACUGGCUGCUAA